AUGAUUAGUGCUUGGGCUUACUUGUUUCUGCUGGGCACUCUGUGCUCUGGAGUUUUAACAGCUCCCUUUAGUACACAGUAUGAGGAAACAGAUCCAGAGCUGACUGCAGGAUAUUUCCAGGGUGAUAUGGAUGUGGACUUUACCCGAAAUGGAGAGUUAUCAGAGACACGUCGCUGGCCAAAUGCCACAGUUCCAUACAGGAUAUCCGAGGAGUUUGAUGCUCCCUAUGUGGAAUACAUUAGGAUAGGCAUGCAGUUUAUUGAGUAUUCCUCUUGUAUUCGAUUUGUGCCUGCUGCUGAGGAUGAGGAAAACUAUCUCAUAGUGAUUCCCUCCACUUCGGGAUGUAGCUCGAAAGUGGGUUACCAGCCAGGUGAAAGAACCGUCAAACUUAAGCCUGCCGCACUGGACACUGGCUGCUUCAAACUGGGCACCAUCCAGCACGAACUGCUUCACACAUUGGGAUUCCACCAUCAGCAAUGCUCUCCAAAUCGAGAUGAGUACGUGAAGAUCGUGGAUGAGAACAUCACCGAGGGAAAGGAAAAGAACUUUGUCAAGUACGAGGAAGAGAAUGUGGGGGACUUCGAUCAGCCCUAUGACUAUGGGAGCAUUUUACACUACAGUUCCUUGGCAUUUUCCAUCAACGGCGAGGCCACAAUUGUGGCUUUGAAACCAGAGGGCCAGGCGAUGAUGGGUCAGCGGCUGAUGAUGAGUGAGAUCGAUGUCAAGCGACUCAAUACCAUGUACAAGUGUCCAAUUCAGCUGUAAAAGCUUGCAAUAAAUAAAUAUGCAUCCAA